AUGCAACAGCAAUCAGCCAUUGGUCUGUGUGUCAAUUUUAAUGAUGAUCCCAAUGUGAACGGAACGAGUUUAUUUUCUCUGUUAAAAUACUAUACACUCAUUAAUCGUUACAUUGUCAUUUUAACUCCGUCAGUAUUUAAAGGUUUAUCGGUUAAAAAUCAACAAAUUUUACGAAAGUUCAAUGUCAAACAAACAACAACAAUGAAACGAAGGUAUAAUGAGCACAUAAUUCUAACACAGUAUGAUCACGUCAAGCCAGUAGAAAGACUCUAUGGCUUUGGAAACAUUAUGACUCAGUCACGAGCCGAUGUUGUCUACAUUCCAUUCGCUGACAAUCAAUUAUCAACAUUUAUAAAUAUAACAGAUGAAAUUCUAACAUAUCUUCCAAAAACAUUUUGCGAAAUAAUCAUAUCGAUCCUUAUUGAUCUGACGGGUGCCGUCAGUAAACAUUGGCCAUAUCAAAAUGAUCGUAUACAGUUUAACUCGACAGUGAAUCGCUUAAACAAUAUAUCAAUUCAAAGAGAAAUGGAAGAGAAAAAUGAAACAACUGCCAGCCGAUAUCCGUAUAACACAAGCGUCUAUCAGUAUCGUCCAUGUUUACUUAAUAUACGAGGUUAUAUUAUCCAUCAGCGUGAUUAUCGACCAGUAUAUGAAGCGUAUUUAACCGAUAACAAACAUGAAUUUAUUCAUCCGUUAAAAUUAUCUAACACACGACAUUGGUAUUAUCGACUGUGGCAUAGAGCAAUGGACAAACAGAUUGUAGACCUAAAACACUAUCAAGAAAAAUUCCGACAUCACUCUACCACAAGACAAAACAAAUGA